GCUUCAGCGUGUUCAUCAACUCACUUUGCGAUGGAUCCAUUUUACUUGCCGCCCAGCGAAUAAAUUUCCACUCAGACCCUUGAUCCACAUCUGAACUCAUCAAACUAUGGCGUCCGAAGAAGAGAAGUUUUUCCGUCUGUUAGCAGAACAAUACGGAGCCCACUGGGAACCACUGGCAACUCACCUAGGACUCUCAAAUGACAGGAUAACUCUCAUAAAACAAGACAAGCAAAAAACAGAAGAACAAAUCUUUGAAAUGCUAAUGACAUGGAAACAGUCCAAUCCGCCAGGAGAUGUUACAGCACAGACGCUAGCCACAGCUUUGGCUAAAUGUGGCAGGCGAGAUCUGGAAAGACAAAUCUUGGAAGGCACCUUUCAACCUUCCGAGGAUCCACCACCGAGUCCCUGCACGAAAACUGGAAGAUCUUUUUCAAUUCCCGAUGUUCUCACAGAUCAGAAACUUCGGAGACUGUCCGAUCAUCUAGCAGGGGAGUGGCGUCGCUUGGCCACCCACUUAGGACUUUCAUCUGACCGUGUUAGCAAGAUUCAACGCGAUCACCGUCAGGUGCAGGAGCAGAUUUUCAUGAUGUUGAUGGAUUGGAAACACAGAGAAACUACCAAGGAUCCGCUAGGACGUCUACAAUCUGCGUUGAGGGAAAUUGGCAGGUUAGAUCUGGCUGACAAGCUAAUGUUUGAUGCUAUUUGAUGGGAAAAGAUGACAAGGAAAGAGACCCAAGGGUUACCAGGAUUUUAGGAUGUGAGACUUAGUGUAACAGUUGAUCACCAGGGCAAGUAUCUCUGAUGUGAUAUCUUCUUGUGCCUUGCAGAGUGUCCUUUGGGAGACUGGAUCUUCCACAACUUGGAAAUGGACCUUUUGAUUAGUAGGGGACGGUAAUGCAAUUGAGAAUUUUACAGAAAAGACAAAUUUAUUUCAAAUGAGCAAAGUGUAUCCUGUACAGGUCACCAUAUCAUGAUGUAAAUCAAUUAGGUUUUGCCCUUCACCGACGUAUAAACACUGUUGACUCCCGAGCGAAAGUUGGAAAAAAAAUCACUCGGGUGGGACUCGCAACCCACGACCUCCUGCUUUCUAGUGCAGAUGUGUUACCAUUUGACCACUGAGCUAACGGGAUCGGUUGGCUGGUUCGAAUCUGAUGUACAGAUCAGCGGGUACCGCAUUAACUAUUCAUAAGAUGGGAUUUGUUUGCGUUGGGGUGAUGUAAAUCAAAUUAUGUUGUGUUAAAAUCUUGCAUUUUGUAUUGUACAAUUUUGGCACAUCUGUCGGAUAUGCCAAAAAAAAACCUCAUGAAGUGCAUGGACGAUACAUAACGGUAUCAGCAAAGACUCCCGACAGCGUGAUUUGCAGGAUGCUUAUUUGUGCAUCACAGGAUUAGCUUUGUACUUUUCAGAUGUGUGACCUGUAAAGUAUAUAUAUUUAUAUAAUAUUGUAUGGCUUUGAGGGGGAUACAAGAAAAUAUUGCCUGAGCUGUAACAAUAUUGCACGAGUCAGAACAACCGACGGGUUCGUGGGCGAUAUUGGUUGGUCGUGAUAACACCCUUUCGCAGCGGCGGGCUAUCGCGGCGGCGGGCUAUCGCAUAUCAACCCAUAACAACGUCUAGCCGCUAGACUAAAAAGUAUCCAAAUAGAGCUUUCUGAUUAUAAUAUUUGAAAAUGUGAGCGGUCUUGAAAAAAUGAAAGAAAAACUGUCCUUGGUGUCAUUUUAAUCAUACAUGAAUAAGUUUGCUUAUUUAAAAGUUUUCAAAUAUCACCUAGUCAGCUUGAAUAAUAUAUCAACUGUACAUACUUGAUGCUUUAAAUAUUUUAUUAAGCUCAUUGUCAGUUUAAAGCAGGUGCACUCAAACUCUGACUGUUGCACACAGAUUUCAUCCUACGCCCAUACGCAGCUCUGACCGUCAUGUUUAAGUCAUAACUUGCACGUGCAAUUUAGGGUAGGCACAUUUAAAACUGCAUUGUGUGUUUUUGGAUAUUUGAAUAAUCAAGUUCCAAUAAUAGAAAUGUGCACCCCUUCACAACAGUGGAGUCACCACCAUACUCUGUACAGUUAAGUAGCUGUGAUACAAUUUUAUUUACCACAUGACCUCACUACAACUUGGGGAGGGAUACUGUUCCAAGGUUCUUGGCUUUGUCGGACAGUGUGGUAUACAUAUGCUUACAACUUUUGUGGAGUUUGACAGGGCAGAAACAUGUGGUGAUAGGUGGUAAAAAAUAUUGUCAUUAUUUUCGUUAGACUUACGCACUUUUUUUUCAGAAGUGGAUGUGAUUGUAGAAAAAAAAAGAUAUCUUUUGC